GUUGCAGUGAGGUUAUGGACUCUGUUUAAGAGCUGCGUAGCCUAAAGAAAGCCGAUUGAAACUGUAUUGCAAAUAAAAAAUUAUUUUUAAAAUCAAACAAAAAGCAUCAUUGAAAAAGUGGUGACUAACAUUUUUUCGUUAGCGUUAUUUUAUCCAGUCAGUCGAAAUGGAUGAUGAAACGUUUACUGAAGACAAUUUCCUGAGCCAUAUCUCCGGAUUGCUUGAAAAUGGUCAAGGGAAAGAGGUUUUGAAUAUCAUCAAAGAUGUCAAAUACAAUGAGCUAGUCAAUAAUAUUGACUGCAAUGCAUUGACAAACAUAGUUCUCUCGCACAUCACCGAGGAUAAUCAGCUACUAAACUUUGGUUUUUACGAAGAAUGCGAAUCGAUUCUCAUCGAACUCGCCUGCUUGAUCGACCAAAAAACUAUAACAGUACCGUUGAUGCUAGCAAUCUAUUCAGCAAGAAAAGACAGUACAGCAAUAAGUGUGAUGAAAGUUUUUCAAAAAAUGUUAAUAAAUCCAAAAAAUCCACAGCUCAUUGCUUUUUCCAUGGCAUUGGACGCAGUCCUAUCGUAUAUUUCGGGUUUACCAUUAUCAAAAGCGGUUUGCAAUAAGUUGGGCAAAGAAAAUCUAAAGUUUUUAGAGUAUGAGGCUCAGUUGCAGCGUAUUUACAGUUUUUUAGAAAAAACUUUAAGUUUUUUGGAACCAAUUUUGGAGCACGUUGCCAACAAUGUACCAGCAACCAUUGGCCACUUUCGUUAUUAUGGUGAAAACGAACGAAAUUUUCUCAUUUGUACAAUUAUUCAAAUGUUUGAAAAACCGCUUGGAUCCAUGGACUUAUCAGAUCCAACAAAAAUUCUAAAAAAAGAUACCAAAAAGAUACCAAUAAAUAUUCAAAAGGAGAAUGAAAUCCCAGUCACACGUUUACAUGCCCGUCAACGUAUUGUACAGCUUAUUCAUGUUUUGAGAAAAUUAAUCGAAAAUCCGAUUUAUUUGAUUGGGCUGGGCCAACGUCGUGCAUUGCAUCCAUAUGAAUAUAACAAUUUUGAUGAUUCCAGCGAAGAAAAAGAAGUGACGUUGAAUAUUUAUUUGCAAAAUGGACGCGUAUCACUAUCUAGUAUGGCGGUUAUGUUUUACGUAUUAUUGGCGACAGACUUGUUUGAACCACAUCGAUUGCGAAUUUAUCGUGGCGCUUAUUUAUUUGAAAUGGGCCUAUACUUUGUCACAGAACUAUUGAAAACAGUUGGAAACGAAUUAUUGCACACCAAAGCAUGUCGAUUGGCUAAAAUGUUGUUGAAAAAUAUGGGCAAGGAAAAACUUGAAGACGACUCAUUGGAAUUAGACAUCCAUAAAGAGUUUGGUAAACAUCUAAUGUUGAUGUUGAAGCAAACGUCGGUCAAAGAAAAUGGUAAACUGGGUAUGAAAUUGCUACAAUCCUAUAUUGGACAAUUCAAAACGAUUGAUUCCAAGUUUUUUCACGUUCAAUAUUUGCUGGACGUUACAGACCACGAUAAAAUUCGUGGUGUUUUAAUAAGAGUGUACAAGGAUAUGAUCGCGGCUGAAAUAGAUGCGGUCGAUGCAGGUCUAGAACCAGAGGUAUCACCAUUUUGUCGUUGCGCAAAGCUUAUGUGGAUUUGGCGUUAUCGCAUCUGUAAAUGGCCCAAAGGCGACGUAUUAUAUGAUGUUCUCACAAACACCGAUGUCAUAAUGGACGCAUUGAAUUUUCUAUGGUUUUUGGCUAUGCGUGACAAAAAGAAUACAACCAAAUUUUGGGAUUAUAUGGAUGACAUCGAACGAGAUUCUCUCGGUGUUAUUAGACGGUCAUUGGAUGAAACACGGGAUCGCCUACGUUUAGAGGAAGAACAAGUUCGGACAGCACAGCAGAAUCAGGUGCAACCGAAUACAUUAGAAGUGAAUAUGGACGGUGAGAACAUGACAUAUACGAAUGAGCAACACUUGAAUUCCAUAUUAAUUCAACGAAACACUGUUGAAAUAAUGGCUGAUACGCUGUCACGUCUGGAUACAGCAAUCAACGAGCAUAACAUAGAAUUGGGCGAGGAAAAAAAUUCAAAUUCGAAAUUAGCUUCUAAAUAGUUUUUGCCUGAAUGAAAUACAAAAAUUUACAGAUUAUUGAAAUACCGCCAAGGCAGUUCAGUCUGCUGAUCUUGGCAUUAUUUCAAUAACCUAUCAAUAUAACAGUCAUCAGGUAUCACAACAAAUAUUUAAAUUUUAAAAGAAAAGAAAAGAAAAGAAAAAGAAACAUCUUUGUGAUACAAAAAAGGAAAUAUGCACACCAAACUAUUGU